UGGCCCGGGGGAGUGUCGGGAAUUGAGAAAUGCUUCUAAUGCAAGAGGGUGCGUCACUUCAGCCAGAGCGUAGCGAAGCGCCCUUCCUUACAAGAGUCGUUUUAAGUUAGCAAGAGAUACGGGUAAAGUGUGUAAAAGUGUUAAAAGAAAGGCCAGUUACAUUCUGGUACGCAGUCUUUUUUUAUUUUUCUAAUUUCGGCCAAAGCCUCCCAUCUCCCUCCCCGCAGAUACCAAUGUCUUUGGCUGACCAGAGUCAGCAGUGGUACCCCACAAGCGUGAAGGUAACGGUGUUUCAGGCGAGGAACCUGAGGAUCAAGGGCAAACAUGGCACCAACGACGCGUACGCCAUCAUGCAGGUGGCCAAAGAGAGGUUCUCCACCGCUGUGGCAGAGAAGUCCGUUUCGCCCGUGUGGAAGCAGGAGGCCAGCUUCGACCUGCCGCUUUUCCACCACGGUAACGAAGAGCGAUGCACUCUGCGUGUUACGGUAAUGCACCGGGCCCUGGUGGGGAUGGACAAGCAGUUGGGACAAGCUGUCAUCAACCUGCUGGACCUCAACGAGAACAGUGACCGCAGCAAGACCGAAUGGUUCAAGCUACUGGACAAGCAUGGAAAAGAGGACAAGGAGAGAGGGGAGGUUCUCCUGGACAUCCAGUUUAUGAGGAACAACAUGACAGCCAGCAUGUUUGACCUGUCGGGGCAGGGCAAGUCGCGCUCCCGCAUGGGGAAGCUGAAGGACAAGAUCCGCGGAAAAAAGGGCGACCUCUCAGACUCCGCCUCCGCCAUUGUGCCCGCCUCCUCCUCCUUGGCCAGCAGCACUCAGGUGAUGACGGACAGCGAGGGGGAGGGUGAGGGCCAUGCGGACCAUGGGGCAGACAAGAAGAAGAAGAAGUCCAAGAUCAAGUCGCUGUUCGCCCCCAAGUCCAACCUGCAGCGCGACGCUUCCCAGUCAAUGGUGACCCUCGGGUCCCUCCCCGAGAAAAACUCCGCCCUCAGUGGCAGCCGUUCGUCAGGGCUCAACCUGGACUCCCCUGAAGGGAAGAAGAAAUUCAAGUUCCUGACUCACAAGCGGACGGGCAGCUCGGACAGCAAGGGGUCCCAGGGCGCCUCCUUUCUCCUGGGCCGCUCUAAGCAGGGAGGGGCAGGGCAAAUGCAGACGCCUCCGGCAAACUCCACCCUCAGUCUCAGCGGCUCUGACCAGGGCUCUGUGGAAGAUCUGCAGAGGGGACAGGGGAGCAGUGACAUCCACAGGUACAGUGAAGAGGAGGAGAGCAGAGAGGAGCAGGACAUGAGGAGGCUGGAGGAAGAGCAAGAAAGACAGAGGGAGGAGAAAGAGAAGAAGAGGAUUGAGGAAGAGCAGGAGAUGAGGAGGUUAAAGGAAGAACAUGAGAAGCAGAUGGUAGAACAAGAAAGGAGGAGGGAGGAGCAGAAAAAGAGGGAGGAAGAACAGGAGAUGAGGAGGAGAGAAGAUGAGGUGAGGAGGAGGGAGGAAGAAGAGCAGCUGAGGAGGAGGAAGGAAGAAGAGGAGCUGAGGAGGAGGAAGGAGGAGGAGAUGAGAAGGAAGGAGGAGGAAGAGGAAAAAAUGAGGAAAAGGGAGGAAGAGGAGGAGAUGAGGAAGAAAGAGGAGAUGAGAAUAAGGGAGGAAGAGGAGAGGAUGAAGAGGAGAGAGGAAGAGAUGAGAAGGAGAGAGGAAGAAGAGCUGAGGAGGAGGAAGGAAGAGGAGAUGAGGGAGGAAGAGGAGGAGAUGAAGAAGAAAGAGGAGAUGAGAAGGAGGGAGGAAGAGAUGAAGAGAAGGAAGGAAGAGGAGAUGAGGAGAAGGGAGGUAGAAGAGGAGAUGAAGAAGAAAGAGGAGAUGAGAAUAAGGGAGGAAGAGGAGGAGAUGAAGAUGAGAGAGGAAGAGGAAGAGAUGAGAAGGAGAGAGGAAGAAGAGCUGAGGAGGAGGAAGGAAGAGGAGAUGAGGAGGAAGGAGGAAGAAGAAGAGAAGAUGAGGAGGAUGAGGGAGGAAGAGGGGGAGAUGAAGAAGAAAGAGGAGAUGAUAAGAAGGGAGGAAGAGGAGAAGAUGAAGAGGAGAAAGGAAGAGGAAGAUAUGAGGAGGAGGGAGGAAGAGGAGGAACUGAGGAGGAGGAAAGAAGAGGAGAUGAGGGAGGAAGAGGAGGAGAUGAAGAAGAAAGAGGAGAUGAGAAGGAAGGAGGAAGAGAUGAAGAGGAGGAAGGAAGAGGAGAUGAGGAGAAGGGAGGUAGAGGAGGAGAUGAGGAGGAGAGAGGAAGAGGAGAAGAUGAGGAGGAGGGAGGAAGAGGAGAUACAGAGGAGGGAGGAAGAGGCAGUUCUGAACAACCUGUUCACUGAAGUCUCCUCCUCCAACCUGUUCACUGAAGCCUCCUCCUCCAACCUGUUCACUGAAGCCUCCUCCUCCAACCUGUUCACUGAAGCCUCAUCCUCCAACCUGUUCACUGAAGCCUCCUCCUCCAACCUGUUCACUGAAGCCACCUCCUCCAACCUGUUCACUGAAGUCUCCUCCUCCAGCCCAUUCUCCGAAGUCUCCUCCUCCAACCCGUUUGAGGAGAGCCCCCGUAGCGGGUCCACAAGCCACGUCACCCGGUCAGCCAGAAUUUCAGCUGUCAGACCCAGAUUGGUCAUGUCCUUGGAAACAGGAACCGAUAAAAGAAGUUCCUGUUUGCCACCUGCCAACAUAGACUCCUCCACCCCCCUUCCGCUUCCUCACACCUCCUCUUCAGAUUUGUCUCUUGGUGAAGCCCCCUCCCAGGCACCCGUCACUCCCGGGGCCCUACACAUUCCCCAGGAUCUGCCUAUGGACCCCUGGAGCUCUGAGAAGUCCUUACUAGGGGGUGCAGAGAGCCCCCCCGCCAGUGCGGAGAAGAAGCGCCAUGCUCCUCUGCCUCCGCCUGCCCCACCUGCCCAGAGCCAGCACUGUCCUCCGCCCAAACCCACCCCUGCUCCGCAGAACGUCCCGGUAGCAUCGGCCAGGGUCCGAAAGGGGCCCGCACCGCCAAAGCCACAGCCCACCCUGCUGAUCUCUGACCCCAGUGCUGGAGAAGGGGCAUCAAACCUGGCACUUGAUGGGCAGCAACAGCUUGACGAUAGAUCAGGCAAUACCUUGCCAGCCAAUCACGAGCAAGGAGGUGUGGAUGGACCGCUGGGCCGCGCAGUUGCGCCUGAAGGGAAGACGUGUGAGACGGAUUCCAGUCCACCAGCUGCAAAAACGCCCUUCGAUGAUGAUGAGGAUGAAGGUGAAGCUGUAAGUGCGCCGAGGAGCAGAGGCGAUGAGGCGCUUUGCACUGUCCUCACUCGCAGUGACCCGUCGUCGCCCCCUGGUGCUCACACAGAGAAUAACCAUGUGCGUCAGGAUGGUGGGUCCGGCCUGGCGUUUCCAGGUGGGGAGACGCAGACAGAGGCUCCUGAGGGCGGGGCAGGCCCGGGUGGGAAGGGUGCACCCAAAAAGAAGAACCGCGCGCCCCUGCCGCUUGGAGCACCACACGGGGACUGCACCACACAGGAGUGGGACCGUGCAGUGACCCCGCCCCCCUCAGAGCCACAGGGCUCGAAGGUUGCUGGGAAAAGGCGCGCCCCCCAGCCUGGGGACGGAGCUCUUCCUGGGGGGCCGACCCUGCUGCAGGCCUGGAUGUCACCCUCAGAGCCCCAGCCAAUCACGAUGCAGAACAGCGCUGAAGGAAGUGGUACGGCAGGGAAAGUGGGAGGGGCACCCUCAACCUCAUGCAGGCCUCACCCAGUGAAGCCAUUGAGCUUAUUGGACAGCCAUUAUCCUGGGAGCUUCCCUGGGGGAGACCUGGGUGCCACAGAGGGAAUGACAAAGGUGACGGAAUCGGCGGGGGGUGUAGGCGGGCCCUAUUCCCAGCUGACCCACUCAGAGCUGGCCUCCCUGGUGAUGAAACAGCAGGACCAGCUCUCUGAGAAGGACAGCAAGAUCAAGGAGCUGGAGGAGUACAUCGACAACCUGCUGGUGCGCAUCAUCGAGGAGCAGCCUAGCAUCUUACAGUCAAUGAGCAUGACCAAAAAGGCUACCUAGCAUCUUACAGUCAAUGAGCCUAGCCAAAAAGGCUGCCUAGCAUCUUACAGUCAAUGAGCAUGACCAAAAAGGCUGCCUAGCAUCUUACAGUCAAUGAGCAUGACCAAAAAGGCUGCCUAGCAUCUUACAGUCAAUGAGCCCGGCCAGAAAGGCUGCCUAGCAUCUUACAGUCAAUGAGCAUGACCAAAAAGGCUGCCUAGCAUCUUACAGUCAAUGAGCAUGACCAAAAAGGCUGCCUAGCAUCUUACAGUCAAUGAGCCCGGCCAGAAAGGCUGCCUAGCAUCUUACAGUCAAUGAGCCCGGCCAGAAAGGCUGCCUAGCAUCUUACAGUCAAUGAGCCCGGCCAGAAAGGCUGCCUAGCAUCUUACAGUCAAUGAGCCCGGCCAGAAAGGCUGCCUAGCAUCUUACAGUCAAUGAGCCCGGCCAGAAAGGCUGCCUAGCACCUUACACUCAAUGAGCCUGGACAAAAAGGCUGCCUAGCAUCUUACAGUCAAUAUGAGACCAGCCAAAAAGGCCACCACAGAGAAACACUGUUAAAUAAUGGGGGGAGGGUGGGUUGGGUUUAAGCACUAUAGUCACUGGCAUCAGAGGAGCAAGCUGUCACUGUGCCGGUGUGAGUAGCACAGUGCUAACUAUGGGGAUGGGAGGGUUGUUACAGUGAGUACAAACGAUCAACAAUUUCUUAUUGUGAUUGCAAUGUCCUGAGCCACACAGUAAGUUAUUGUGGCUGACUGCUAUUUUCCCCUCAAAUACUUGACCUCCAUGCGGACAGAAACAAAUUGAAAUCACACUCUGAAGCACUUAAAGUUUGGGCCAUGUAAAAUUGUUGCUCUCAUUGUGUUUUUAUAUUUGAAAAUGACAAAGAUUAAAAUGAAUCAUUCAGCCCCAAAGAUGGAGGAACAGAGCACUUAAACAUGCUUGUGCUUCUAGAAAGCUUCACUACAAUGUUUUCUGUGUGAUUUCCAACGCUGCAUGAAAACAGCACUUUCUUUAUAUUGCAUCUUGUUUUUAGCAUAAAAGCUGUCUCCUUUGACAUUUCUUUUCAAGCAUGUCAACAAAGUUGUUUUUCCUUCCUGCUGGUACAGGUAUACAUUUUAACUGAAACUAUUUUUAUAUUUCAAAACACUGUUGCGGAAAUGAAGUAGUAGUAAAUUAAUUGUAACUGAAUAAAACAUCGAAGCUCUUUUGAUCCUGGUGGAUCUGGGCGAAACAGUGAUAGCAGUUGUGUGCGCUGGAUAGAUUAAUGGAUCACAGAAUGUUUAAAAUUGUGGGAAGUGUAAUUACAACCAAACUGGAUUACAAUCUGGAACAUAUGACAGCAAAUGAGAACCAGUGGCUUUUAUUCACACAUAGAAUGCACAUUUUUUCCAACAGACCAAUUGUCAGCUCACGCUGCAAAAACCUGUGCACGCUAUUACUCAAUGUCAGAUCGUUUUAGCUCAUUUUUUGUACAUAUUUGCCAGUGCCUCCAAGUAAUUUCGAAAAUGUUGAUGUUUUCUAUUGCCGUUGCUACUUUAUCUAUCAUUAUCUGCUAGAUUCAUUUGUUGUUUUGUUGAUAAUGAUAAUAAUGUCAGAUGAUUUGGUGGUGCCAGUGUUGGUGCAGGGCAUCCUGGGACACGGGCAGAGCAUGCUGGGACACGGGCAGGACAUACAGCAGCCCAGCAGUCUGUAUGGCACACUGGUGGCUGAGUUACAUCCUUCCCUGUAACGCACUCCUUUACUAUUUCAUUCAUUCAAUCAAUCACUCAUUAAUACCCAACACUGCCCACCGUUCUCCCAUGCGUUCAGAUGAGCGGUGUGAUGUCAUAUGUAUACUGAUGUUUUAUGGGAAUAAAUACUGUAAUGGCUUCUGCUCUGA